UAGGCUGCUGCGUGUGGGUGUGUUAGUCCCCUUGGAUGAGCACACACGGCUGAGGAUGCAGCUGGGAGCAUGAGUUCUGACCGAGAGGACUAUGACAUGAUCUGUCAGAAAGCUGUGACCCUAAUUGUUGACCUUUGCCUGCACAACAGCACACUGUUGGAUCAGGACACCUGUCAGGAUUUCCUCUUCCUGCUGUCCAGCCAGAGCUCUGAUCGCAAAGAAGGGGACGCUACUUUUGGCCUCCUGCUUGGUGUGUUUGUGGUUUGUGGCCUGGCUCUGCUGGGCCUUCUUACAUUUAUCUCCUGGAAGCUGUGUUGGGUUCCUUGGCGCAACAAGGCCCAUUUCCCCAGUCCAUCCCCUACCUGUGGCCCAGAGCACUGCCCGCUCCAGCCGCCGCUCCUGCUGCCCAGUCCCCAGCAGUCUCCAGUCACCAUGGCGACAGAGAAGGUGAAGGACCCCAUGGGCUCAAUGGGCUUCCUGGAGGCUGCAGUGAAGAUAAGCCAUACAUCUCCUGACAUUCCCACUGAUGUGCAGCUCUCCAUGAGGGAACACUUCCUGCGCCGCACGCAGCGGAUGCAGAGGCAAACAACUGAGCCUGCUUCCUCUACAAGGCAUAAUUCAUUCAAAAGACACCUGCCCAGACAGAUGCAGGUGGGCAGCCUGGACCUUGGAAAUGACUAUGUGGCAGACAAAGAUGAAAAGCCCACCGGCAUUGGUCGAAUCCAGCCAGAGCUCUACCAACAGAAGACCUUAGAAUCAGAGGAUUCGUCCAAGAACGGCAGCAGUAAAAACUGUGGCAGGAUUAACUUCUCUCUCAAAUACGACUAUGAAAAUGAGUCCCUGCUGGUCAACAUUCUCAAGGCUGUAGACCUACCUGCCAAGGACUUAUGUGGGACGUCUGAUCCUUAUGUGAAGGUCUACCUACUGCCCGAUCGCAAAAAGUUCCAGACACGCGUCCACCGGAAGACACUCAACCCUACUUUCAGCGAGAGCUUCCAGUUUCCUGUGCCUUAUGACGAGUUGGCAGUCAGGAAGCUCCACAUGAGCGUCUUUGACUUUGACCGUUUUUCACGCCAUGAUAUGAUCGGGGAGGUGGUCCUGGACAACUUGUUUGAGAUGUCAGACCUCUCCAGGGAGACAAACAUAUGGAGGGACAUCCAAUAUGCCACCAGUGAAAGCGUUGACCUUGGGGAGAUUAUGUUCUCACUAUGCUACCUGCCAACUGCCGGCAGACUCACACUCACCGUCAUCAAGUGCAGAAACCUCAAGGCCAUGGACAUUACUGGAUACUCAGAUCCAUACGUCAAAGUGUCGCUCAUAUGUGACGGAAGACGCUUGAAAAAGAAGAAGACGAGCAUAAAAAAGAAUACUCUGAAUCCUACUUACAAUGAGGCCAUCAUCUUUGACAUCCCACCAGACAGCAUGGACCAUGUCAGCCUGCACAUUUCAGUCAUGGACUAUGAUCUGGUAGGUCACAAUGAGAUCAUUGGUGUGAUGCGGGUUGGAUGCCACGCCGAGGGACUUGGCAGGGACCACUGGAAUGAAAUGCUGGCUUAUCCACGCAAGCCUAUUGCACACUGGCACCCCCUGCUGGAGUCCAAGAAAUCCGAGAAGGAGUGGAAGGCGAGGACAGCCAGCUUUGACAGCCAAGGCUCCUGCCCCUCACCCCGGCCCCCCGCUAGUCCCUGAGCAGAACCACCUGUGACCCAGCAGUCCAGAAGGGGGUUUCCUCCCUCCUGCUGAUCCACAUCCUGUCUGUCUGAUUGAGGAGAAACACAACCCUACUGUCUCUCCCUGUCUCUCUCUUCCUCCCUUCCUCGAUCUAGUCCCAGAGCACUUCCAAGAACUGAUCUAGGACCAACCGUCAGUCUGUUAGUCGUGUGAAGCACAGUCUUUUCGAGUCAAAAGGUUUGGGGUCAUAAAUUUAGACUGAUGUGAAAUGUGGGCGUUACAGUGACCCAGGUCUGUCGUCGUUUAUCCUAAGAAGAGAUUGGCCGUCCUGUCUGCAGAUAUGUAAGCUUGAGCUAUCUGCACUGAGGUGAAUGGAUCUCAGUCUCCUCACAGGAGACUUUCAAAACACUGAACACUCAGCUUUGUGCUGCAAAGACUCUUUGAUGGAGAAGCUCAGUUGGAUAUCACUCUCUGAAAGAAGCAGAAGUUUCACAGAGGGAAGCUGAGGACAUGGGCAGGGUAGGGAAAAGACACAAAUCUUAAAUGGGAUCUGAAGCAAUUUGAAGCUGCAGCUCUCUCACAUAGAAUCUUACACUGCUGUAUUAGCAUAAAACGAUACUGAACUGUAGCAUUUUGGACCUAUUAGAUGUAAAACUGCUCCAUCAGGCAUUAUUGUUGGGGAGGAACUGAGAUAACUGAGAUGAAUUUCAACGCGCCAGCUGAACUCACUCUACUUGUAGUUUCAUCAAUAACAUAAGCAAUUAUCUGCUCUCUAGCUUAUUGAAGAGAAGCUGGGAAUCAGGCUGGAAAUUAAAAUAUCCUCAACUUGGCAAUUUUCAGCUGGAGUGUUAUUUCACAAGCAGCCAAGACUAAACAGACUAUAGAAAACGUUAUAGCAACAAGAUCAUUGUUAUUUGCAAGAACUAACUGGUUUGUUAUUCCAGAAAAACAAAGAAGAAAAGAAAAUCAACUAUUGACAAAGACAGAGGUAUUAAAGUUGAUAAUAAAGAACAACAAACAAAAUGGAAAAACCAACAAAAUCACUGUCAUUUUGCAAAUUCCGUCAAAACAGACAACUUUUAGUCAAGGUUUCUGUAAACAGGGAAACUGCGAGCACACUCUACACACCCUUACCUCCUUCUCUGUCUGUUAUUUGCUUUGAAACGGUCUCACUCUUUUCUUCCAACUGAAAACUUCAGAAUUUUUUCCUUCAGAUAAAUACUUCAAGCAAUUCUUUGUCUACUCGUGUUCUUUUCUGAACACAUCUCUAGUAGAUACAUAUAAUUCAUGUAGGUGUCUGAUGGCGUGGAUAUGUGUAGACUCGUCGGUGGUAAUAAAGAUUGACCUAUAGUCUGAUAAAGAUAAACUUACUCUUCUUUUAAAAUUAGAAACAUGCAAUUUUCUUGAUGUUUGUUCUGUCAGAGGAUACUGUUGGCUCAGUGUACAGGGAAAAAAAAAUGUAUUUAGAUUUGCUAUGCAGAUGCUUCGUCUGCAGCUGUACUCUCCUGUGGAUUUUUCUAAAGUCAUUUACUAUAAUUAAGGAAAAAGACUGCGGAACAGGUGUUUUAUUAAUUUACUUUAAUGCUUCAGUUUUUUUCCUUUAGUGAGUUCAUGUUAUUUGCUAACACAGUCACAUUAAAGAUAAAUAAUGCAGAAAAAAAAAAAAUCUGUAAGGUUCUGUCCUGUAAUUGAUUCCUUAAAUGUCCAGAUGCAAGUUAUAAAUACUGCAUCAGUAUUUAUAAGAGAAAAAAAA